AUGAAUGGUCAAUUGCUUGUAAGACAAUUAAAAAGGUGUACAAAUAGUUGUUAUUGUGGGAACACUUCGAAACAAUUGGCAGCAAAUUUCAGUUCAAACAAUAGUAGUAAUAAUAAUAACAAUAAUAAUAAUAAUAAUAAUAAUAAUAGUAAUGGAAUUACAAACCUUUUUAAACAAAUAAAUAUAAAUAAAGAAAAUGGUGGAAUAAAUUUUUCAAGUGCAGCACCAGCAAUAAAAUCAUCAUCAUCAUCAUCAAUAUCACCUACAAAAAUUAUAACAACAAAUAUUUCAUGUAGUAGUUGUAAUAGCGCACAAGCGCCAAAUCCACCACCACCACCUCCAACACUACUACAACCAGUACAACAACAAAUAACUACCACUCAACAAAAGCCAGUUGUUAGUUUUUAUAAAAGAAAUUUACCAUCACAUUUGGUAGAGUUUUCUUCAGACGAAGGUAAAAAAUUAUUUAGAGAAUCCUUAGCAAAUGGUCAUAUGGAAGGUUAUUUCUCUUUAGCUGAACAAUUUGUAUCUCAAAGUGAUCCAGCUUUUUGUGGAUUAGCAACAUUAGCAAUGGUAUUAAAUGCAUUAAAGAUUGAUCCAAAUAGAUUAUGGAAAGGACCAUGGAGAUGGUUUGCAGAGGAUAUGUUAGAUUGUUGUAUACCAAUUGAAUCGGUAAAGAAGAGAGGUAUUACAUUUACAGAGUUUUCAUGUUUAUCCAAAUGUAAUGGUGCAAAUAUUAAACCCUAUAGAGGUGAUGAGAGUGAUAUCAAUCAAUUUAGAAAUAGUAUUAUAGAGGCUUCAAGUAAACAAGGUAUUCAUUUGGUAAUGUCAUAUAGUAGAAAGGUUUUAGGUCAAACGGGGUCUGGUCAUUAUUCACCCAUUGGUGGAUACCAUAAAGAAAGAGAUUUAGCAUUGGUUUUGGAUGUUGCCAGAUUUAAAUAUUCACCACAUUGGGUACCGGUUGAAGUAUUAUGGGAAUCAAUGAAAGCAUUGGAUAAUGAAACUAACAGACCAAGAGGUUACUAUCUAAUUAGUAAGAAUCCAUCUUAUGAACCUUCAUUUUGUAGAAUAAAGAAUACAUUAUCUUGGUCAAGUAUUGCUGAUCAAUUCUUAAAGGGUUUCCCCACUUUAUUGGCUGAAAAUAAUCCAUCAACCUAUGAAGAUGUCAUUGAAACACUAUUUAAAACUUUACCACCUGAAACACCUUAUGUGCUUUGUGCUUACUCUCAUGAACUACAUAAACAAUUAAUGAUUGGUGAUAAAGAUCAUCAUUUCCUCUAUAAUGAUCUUAAUAGUGGUAAUUUUAAUUUAAAUAAUAGUAGUUGUUGUAUUGAUACUUGUGAUGAUAUUUCUCAUCAACAUAAUAGUAAUAAUAAUAAUAAUAAUAAUAAUAAUAAUAAUAAUAAUAAUAAUAAUAAUAAUAAUAAUAAUAAUGCAAAUGUAAAUAGUAAUAAUAAUAAUGAAGAAGAAAAUAAUAAUAAUAAUAAUGAUAAAUAUAAUAAAUGGGAGAAAUUUUUUGAACAAAUUACAAAUAAUUCUUUAGCAUUUAAAGUUAUAAAUAAAUUAAUUCAAGAUGGAAGAAUUAAAUGGAAAGUAACACAUCAACAUAAUCAACAUGGAACUACACAAGAAAUUUGUCAUGAUUAUCCAACUCAAUUGGCAACUUUUAUGUUUUUGGCUUUCCCAUCACAUGUCUAUAGUCGUUUAUCGACAACUAUUCGUGAUAAAUUGGCUGAAAUUAGAAAUUUAGAUGGUUUAAAUGCAAAUGUAAUCGCUGAAAUAAUGAAGGUACGUGAAGAAAUGUUUUUGGUUGGUAGAAGUGCUUGUGAAUGUUCUCCUGAAGAUCCAAUUGGUUGUGGUUCUCCAAAAUCUUCCAAUUAA